CUUCUUCUUCCCACCCUCGCCGCCUCGGCCUCCUCCCUCCCUCCCCCCAUUUCAAACCCACCCCCCUACCACACCACACCCCAAGGACCACCCGAUCCGGCGGCGGCGAUCCAUGGAGAAGUACGAGAAGCUGGAGAAGGUGGGGGAGGGCACCUACGGCAAGGUGUACAAGGCGCGGGUGGCGGCGACGGGGCAGCUGGUGGCGCUCAAGAAGACCCGCCUCGAGAUGGACGAGGAGGGGAUCCCGCCCACGGCGCUGCGCGAGAUCUCCCUCCUCCGCCUCCUCUCCGCCUCCCUCUACGUCGUCCGCCUCCUCUCCGUGGAGCAGGUCACCAAGCCCUGCGGCAAGACCGUCCUCUACCUCGUCUUCGAGUUCCUCGACACCGACCUCAAGAAGUUCGUCGACGGCUUCCGCAAGGGGCCCUCGCCCAGGCCGCUCCCCACCCAGGUCGUCAAGAGUUUCUUGUACCAGUUAUGCAAAGGAACUGCGCAUUGCCAUGGCCAUGGCGUCCUUCACAGGGAUUUAAAGCCACAAAACUUGUUGAUCGACAAGGAGAAAGGGGUACUGAAAAUUGCUGAUCUUGGGCUAAGCAGAGCUUUUACUGUUCCCAUGAAAAGUUACACCCAUGAGAUUGUGACACUCUGGUAUAGAGCUCCUGAAGUUUUACUUGGAGCCACACAUUACUCAACUGGUGUUGACAUUUGGUCCAUCGGUUGCAUCUUUGCUGAAAUGGUCAGAAAACAAGCUCUUUUUCCUGGCGACUCUGAGUUGCAACAGCUGCUUCACAUUUUCAGGUUGUUGGGGACUCCUAAUGAAGAGAAGUGGCCUGGAGUAUGUGCUCUGAGAGACUGGCAUGACUACCCACAGUGGAAGCCACAACAUUUGUCACGUGCAGUUCCAACACUGGAGCCUGAAGGACUCGACCUGUUAGGGAAAAUGCUUCAGUUUGAUCCAGCGAACAGGAUCUCAGCUAAAGCGGCAAUGGACCAUCCCUACUUCGACAGCCUCGACAAGUCCCAGUUCUAGUUGUUGCUGCUGUCUUGGGAGUUGGUCCUUCGCCAUGGAGCGAGGAGAUUGGAGAUUUGAUUUGCUUGCCAUCUAGGCAACCUGAUCGAUCUUGAUUUAUCAGCUACUCGGUUUUGUUAUUGAGUGGGCAAUCGAUUUGCCUGUCUUUUUAUAUAUCAUUGUAUGGAUUCUGGUGGUCGGAAACUAAACUGCCACUCAUGAUAUUCCCUGAUGUUUCUAUCCGGCAUGAUGCUCUGUUUUAUCUUUUAAUAUUAUUAUUUUGAAACAAGGCAAAAAGAUUUCCAUUUUCAUUGAUUAAAAAA